GGCAGGUUUUGCAAUAACUUGGUGGUUUGUUUUCCACAUACCCAACAUAUGAGCUAACAAGUUGAUACAAGUCUUCCGCACGUACCCACACUUCGUAGGUUAUCACAUAGUUUGGCUAAAUUAACAACAAGGAAGUAUGGCUAGCCCAAAUGGAAUUCUUAUCAAAGGUGGAAAAAUUGUUAACGAAGAAGUGAGCCAGCUGGCUGAUGUCUAUGUUGAAGACGGGAAGAUUGUGGCGGUCGGAUUAAAUCUGCAUUUACCCGGCAAUGUGCGGGUUAUUGAUGCCCGGGACAAAUUGGUGUUACCCGGUGGCAUUGAUACUCACACUCAUAUGGAGUUGGCAUUUAUGGGUACGAAAGCUGUGGAUGAUUUUCACAUCGGGACAAAGGCUGCUGUGGCGGGGGGAACCACCAUGAUCCUGGACUUUGUCAUCCCCCAGAAGGGAGCUUCUCUCCUGGAGGCCUACGAGAAGUGGAGAAGCACGGCCGACCCCAAAGUCUGCUGCGACUACUCCCUCCAUGUGGCCGUCACCUGGUGGGAUGAGUCUGUCAAAAAGGAAAUGGAAACACUUGUUCGCGAGAAAGGUGUCAACUCUUUCAAAAUGUUCAUGGCCUAUAAGGGAGUGUUCAUGCUUCAGGACGAUGAGCUGUAUUCAGCCUUCUCCCAGUGUAAAGAGAUCGGUGCCAUAGCCCAGGUCCAUGCAGAGAAUGGAGACUUGAUCGCUGAGGGUGCCAAGCGGAUGCUGGCCCUGGGCAUCACGGGGCCGGAGGGCCAUGAGCUGUGUCGGCCUGAGGAUGUGGAGGCGGAGGCCACGCAGAGAGCCAUCACCAUCGCCCACGCCGUCAACUGCCCCCUCUACGUGGUCCACGUCAUGAGCAAGUCCGCUGCCAGAGUGGUGGCCGGUGCCCGCCGGAGCGGGCGUGUGGUGUUUGGGGAGCCCAUAGCAGCGGGUCUGGGCACUGACGGUACCCACUACUGGCACCAAGACUGGUCCCACGCAGCCUCCUUUGUGAUGGGGCCCCCCCUCAGACCUGACCCCAGCACCCCAGGCUACCUGAUGGACCUGCUGGCCAAUGAUGAUUUGAGCGUAACUGGCACAGACAACUGCACAUUCUCCCUCUGCCAGAAAGCUCUUGGAAAAGACGAUUUCACCAAAAUCCCCAACGGGGUGAACGGUGUGGAAGACAGGAUGUCAGUCAUCUGGGAGAAAGGAGUGCAUAGUGGGAAAAUGGAUGAAAAUCGAUUUGUGGCUGUUACCAGCACGAACGCUGCAAAAAUCUUCAACCUUUACCCUCAAAAAGGGCGAAUUGCCCCCGGUUCAGAUGCAGACCUGGUCAUAUGGGAUCCAAAGGCCACCAGGACCAUCUCUGCCAAGACCCACCAUCAGGCCGUGGACUACAACAUCUUCGAGGGCAUGGUGUGUCACGGCGUUCCCGUGGUCACUAUCUCCAGAGGGAAGGUGGUAUAUGACAAUGGGAAGGUGCUGACCAGUCCGGGAGAGGGUCGCUUCAUCCCCCGAAAACCCUUCGCCGAGUUUGUGUACAAGAGGGUGAAUCAGAGAGAGGAGGUGGGAACGCCUCUUGCAGUGAGCAGGGAGCCUUAUUGCGGAGAAGUCAUAUCUUUAGCAUCUAAUGGGAAAGCCUGAGGGCAAAACUCACAGGUCAAAAGGAUUGAAAGGGAGAACGCAGAAAAAGGAUUGCUCCUCACUUGAAAAGAUUUUCUUCAACUUUCAACCAAAGAAAACACACUUAUUAUUCACAAGUAUUCUUCAGAGCUGACGGCAUUGAGUGUAUAAAAAGUCAUUCCAACCUACCAUCAUAAGAAACACAUACAGAAUAAAUAUUUCAUGCGUGAAAAUGUGUAUAUUGUUGUAGUUAAGCAGACUGUAUUUUAGAGUAAGGUUAAAUGAAAUAUUCGCUUUGUCAUGUUUAACAUUUCACAUUAAAUAAUGACAACUUUGUAUUGCAACAAAAUCUAGCAGGGUCUCCAUAGUUUUCCCCCUACAGUGGGGCUGGCUGGUGGCUGCAGGCUACACUCAGGAUGUCCUCUACAGUGUAGUUAACAUGCCUCUCUCCAGAGACAAGGCCCUCACAGGAACACCAUUACCUAAAUCCUCCUUAUCUCAGUAGGUCGUCCUCGCCGAAUGUAGGCUUUAGGUUCUUAUCUAUACCACACAUUCACAGUCAAAUUAGCAUUUAAAAAAUCCCUUCCUGCCACCUGAGCUACAGUUGUUCAUGUCCUCUCCUCUUCUGACUGGCAGUGGGGGCAGUCAGUAUCAGCAUGUUUAUAUAGUUUUAUCUGUUAGGAUGGGGUGGCAUCAGCAGCCUCCAAUGACAUCAAGAAAUAACUUUCAGAAAGUGUUACACAGUAAUAAUACUGUACAAGGAAUUAUCAACAGACAAUUUGGACAAAAAAAAAAUGUUCAGUCUUGGAUAUUUUUUUCCUGGAACAGGAUAUUUUGAAAACUGAAAUAAAUAUAAGUGUUUAUCGA